AUGCCGAUCCUGCGAAGGGACGUCGUUGUUCGGGCUCUCCUGCUCCACCUGGUGAUGGCCGGUGGUCUCGGGGCCGACGCCGAGAUCUCGGUCGCCGACAGCGUCAAGCGACAAAUCGGCGACGCUCAAGAGACGAUUGCCGAUCAUAAGGACGCCGAGAAGGAGGUGGUGCGGACAGCCGGGAGCUUUGGGUUCGAGUACCUCACGGGUGGCUCAAAGGACGAUUCCUCGGCUCAACUCCUCGAGCCCGUCGCCUCGUCCGCCAGUCGCAAGGACCACCACGACCACUCCAAGAUUGGGUACAGCGUGGGUGGCCCACUGGUCAACAUAGCCCAGGGCGCAGCUGCCCAGGCCCACAACUUUGAGAAGAACCAGCCGGCUGCCGCUGCCCAGGCAGCUUACGUCGCUAAAAACCAACUCGGCCAGUCAGCGGGUCUAAGCGCGGCCACCGCGGCGGCGGCCUUUGCCGGUAAGCAGAUAAUCUACCGGGGCCUCCAGCAGCAGGCGUACAACGCGUAUAGGGCCCUCGAGAGCGAAAAGCUCCAGCUGCAGCAGGCCCAGCGAGCGGCCACAGCGGCGGCGAGCGCCGUCCAGCACAUAAUGCGCCAAGUUCAAGUGAUCACAACGGCGCUCAACUCGGCCCAGGAGACUUCGCAGCACGCGUCCGCGGUGGCAGCUCAGGCGACGGCGAUGGUCGGGGCUGCCAAGGCUCGAUUCUAUGCGAUCAAGGAGCAGCUCCAUCUCGCCCGCAUCGACUUCGAGGCGGCGCAGAAAGCCAAUUUCGAGGCGGCCCACGCGGCUCAGGUUGCUCGGAGUAACGCCGUUGCGGCUGCGGUUCACGCGGCUGAGCUGGCCGAGGCCAACUAUCACCGUCAACAUGGUAAGAAGCACGAUGAACACCAAAGCGGGAAACUCGAGGAGUUGGAAAGCGACGGCGACGAUGACGACGAUGAGUACGAGGGUGAAGGUGACGAUGGAAAUCACGAAGAUCACGAUCAUCACGAGUCGACAAUGGGUGUGACGGUGUCGAUGACAGUGCCGUCCUCAAAGGCCACGGAUAAGGACAAAACCGGCCGGCAGUUGAACUCGGCGACGCCCGAUGCAGAUCAUUCUGCGGGAUCUCCCGCUGCCAAUACGUCCGCGAUCAGCAAGGACGAACUGUACGACGCGUAUGACAGUUUUCCGUAUUGA